UGGCAAGGCCUAUGCUCUACGGGUAGAUAGUUUGUUUAGCAAAGCCUCUGUCGGCGCACGCGACGCUCUAACGAUUGCGAAACGUUUGAACGAACCGAAUACUACAUUUUGUUAAAUCAAAGUGUGUUUAUAAUAUUUUUGUGGAGUGUCUUUUUACGAAGCAACAUGAGGCAAUCAAGUAUAAUAAUAUUAACAGUACUUAUAGUACAGGCCUACUCGGCUCCGCAGUUUAUUACCUUCAGUGAAGGGAAAUUGGGGGUCAACUUUGGUGGGUACCACGCUGGCGUGGGACUUGGAGGGUUAGCUGGAGGUAACGGUCGUACGGGAGGCGGUUUAUAUGCUGAAGCUGGUACUCCCAAUGGACCGGCAGCCAGGGCUGGACUGGGCGGAGCCGUCGACGGCAACAGUGGUACCUUUGGUGGACUGUUUGCCGGAGCCACUGCUGGUGGAAACGUGAAUGCUGCUGCAGGUCUUGGAGGAGCAGUCACCGGUGGAAAAUCAGUUGGAGGAGGUUUCUCCACUGCAAAUGCUGGAGGCCAUGGUUCAUCCUCCGUGCUGGGUGGCGAAACUGACGUGUCAGGAGCAUCAGGAUUUUCAGUCUCUGCCCACAAAUCUGUAGGAGUACCAUUAACAGUGGUUAAAGAAACUGAAGUUUCAGUUGUCCCUGUGGAAGAAGUUAAAACAGUACACAAGAAAGUUUAUGGAGAAGCGAAAUUCGAAUCGGCUAAUGAAAUCACACCAGUCGCAAAUGCUGGCGUUGAAGCAACAGCUCAUGUAAAUGUUAACACUGACGUGAAGCCAGUAAUUGUCAAAGAAGUGAGUAAAUGGAAAAGUCCGCACUAUCGCACGCAUAAAAUUCCUCAAGUUUAUUUUCCAGAUAUUAUGAGUUCGUUGUUUAGGAUCCCUCAGAGAAGUUAUGUUCAACCGAUGUGGUUGCGUCCACAAAGUUAUUAUGAUCAUCAGGUACACGUUGAACCCACACCAACAGAAGUGAUCACAAUUCGCAAACACAAGCCUCACAGACACCACCUUCACAAAACAGUCUUCAUCGGUGGUUACGCUGGUGCUGGUGGUGAAGUAGCUGCCCCAGAAACCAAAGUUAAGGAAACAGUGGUAUACAAGACUGUUCAGCCUAUACAAAAGAGGAUAGAUAUUGAAGCACAUGGUGAUGCUGGAGCGUCCGUUCAUGGAGAACAUGGACACGGUCAAGAUGUUUCGUAUAGAAAGGAGGUUGUUGUUAGCGCUCAAAAGCCAAGCACUUUCUUCCAGGAUAUUUUCAAUAUCCCAAUUUCAACUUUGAAGGCAGUCAGCGGAUUUCUGACUAACACAGCAGAAAACACCGGUGUGACAGUACACAAGUCAGCUUCAGUCCAAGCAGGUGGUCACGCUGAUGUAUCCGGGGGUGCCGGCUUUUACGGCCAUUCCGGUUAUUCCAGCUAUUAUUAAAAAUACCAAUAUUUUUAGUACUUUAGCAGAUAAGUUUUGUACAACAACCAGUGAGGGACUGAAGAAAAUUGUGGUGUAGACUUUUUUUUGGAAAAUAAGACGUAAAUUAUACUUGGACAAGUUUUAUUUAAUACUGAAAUCUAUAACAUAAGCCGUAAAAAAAUCUAUAAAGGGAGAGUUCUAGGAAAAAUGUUUUCAGUAUCUGAUACACUGCAUAAAACUACUGCAAUCAAAAUUUAUUUACCUUUUUAGUAUGAAACGCUUAUUUAGAGUCAUGAAAAUGUUUUAUGUCGCACAAAUUGUGAUAAGCAUUCUGCAGGGAACGCUACACUAUAAUCUUGGCCUCUCCUCUGCCCCUGUAAUCUUCAUCAUAUUUUUAUCUUCCAGCUUUUAUUACAUUUUUAUUUUUUACGAGAACCCCUUUUGCACCAAACACCUCCGUAGGACUUAUUAAAAGAACAGAUAAAUUUGCACAAAUAACUACAGCAUUAACUCGUAAAAUUGUUGGGUUUGUUUAUAUUAUUCUAAUUUAAAUUGCGUAAAACUGGGAAUUUAUUUAGACAUCCAUGGCAACAAUUGCUAUUUGUGAUACUUUAGCUGUUUCACUACAAUUUCCUUGUUUUGUUAAGAUACUCGUUUUAGUAAAUAAUUGAGCACUGUUUAGUUAGUGUAGAAUUGAAUUUUA